AUGGCACUUCCAUGGUGUUUGACCCAGUCUCAUCAGAGCUACUGGGGUGACUACUUUCUCGAAGGCAUCAAUAUCAAGGCCAGUGAGCUGAAGACUCACACCACCAAGCGCAACCUGGGCCGAAUGCCGGCAUACUUUUGGGGCCAGGGUUUCCGAAAUCGCCUUAGAAGGCUAAUAGGACGUCGGCCAAGACAAUCUUCCUUUCCUGUCCAUGCUGGCUACUCAGAAGCAAGGUCCCUAAUUGGUGAUGGUAGUGUGGCUGACUUGAAGCGAUUGUGUCUCCAGGCGAGAAACUUGGUCGGGGAGGUAUUUCUGGACGUCGAGAACAAGUCGGAAACUUCGACUCUGAGCUUUUCGGAAUCAGGUCCUGGGUUGGUUCAUCUGAGAUUGUCCCCCGACCUUGAACGCUGGAAAAAUGAUCAGCAUGCGGUUGGCAACAUCCUGCCGCCAAAAGGCUCAGGUUUGACCCAGGCAUCUGAUACCGUUCUCAAUAUUUUUGGGGCCGCGGGAUGGCCCGAAGCCUUGACAACCAACAACGCGUUGUUUGGGUGUGGCAUUGCCAGUUUGCUGAUUGGCGCCACCAAUGCCACAACCAUGUUCUCCAACUAUGUUACCGAUAUGGCCUUUUACUAUGAACAUGGCUAUAACUACGUCUUCCCGUCGUUGGAAAAUUUACUGCAAAGAGGGUUGGAAGACCCACAUGCCUUGCGGACGCCUGGGGGACAACAACGUCGAGAAGCCGUCUCGAUUGGGAAGUGGUACAUUCAAGGUAAAAUCAUGUUGGAGAAAACCCACAAGCUGCACCUGGCACACAGAUCUGCGCGCCUAGGCAGGCGUAUGGCUCAGAUUGUCUCUCUGUCGGAGAGCAGUCUGCUGGGCAUGGCGGCAGAGGCCAUAGACAGAGGUUUUGAUCCUGGUGCCGUGAUGAAUGACCUGGUUUUCAGCUCGCCGGGUACUGACGUUGUGGACGUAGGGUGCGAUCUUUUGAAUUCUGAGGUUAUGAACUCAUUCCUGAAUGUUACAGAUAUUACCGACACGGGCAUUGUGAGCGAGGAUGCAUUGCGCAAAGUCUACGACGCCUAUGCCUCAACCGGGGCCAGGAUGCUAACUCAGCGUUGGCAUGAGCCCGUGGCCAGGAUGUGUGCCGCACUGUAUACUUGGCACAUCCACAAUGAUCGACACAUGUUCUUUCGUCGUGCAAUUCUAGGAUGGCCAAAAGCGAGAAAGUCACCCCCUCGCCCUCUGCGAGAAGCGGACUUUGACGAGGCUUUUGAUGAGCACUAUCGUACCACUGGCUUCACUAGGUCACUGGAUCCCAAGUAUGCAUGCAACGCCCAGGAUACUUGUGAUCACGUCUCCGAAUUCCUCUGGGACAACCGCGAUGAGAUGCUUCUUAGAGAACUGUGGUGGUUCCUCGUUACUGGUCCGUUGGAGUAUGUCAGAGAGGGUCGAGUUGACGACCGACGCGAACAGGACCUUGCGGAAGGCUCACGGGUUCGGAUGGCCAAACUCUUUACCAGGGGCCGAGUACUUGAAAUGGUGUGGCUUAUUGCCCAUGCGAACCAUCAUGCCUGGCAGGUGAACUAUUUAUUUGAGGCCGCCAUGUUUGGUAGCAUUCUUGACGGAGGCAAACUGGCAGGCAAGCUGGAUCGACUGGAAGAAAACUAA